AAUGUAUAAUGCUCGAGAACCUCACCUUCAAGUUCAGAUAUCCAUGUGUUCUUGAUCUGAAGAUGGGGACAAGACAAUAUGGGGAUGAUGCUCCGGAAAGCAAACGCAAAAGUCAAACUGCCAAGGCGGCUAACACAACCACAAUCACGUUAGGAGUCAGAUUGGUAGGAAUGCAGGUAUACAACAAGGAAGAAAAUUGUUAUGUAUGCAAGAACAAGUAUUAUGGCCGCCAGCUUUCAGAAGAUGGCUUCAAACAGACUUUAUGGCAAUUUCUACAUAAUGGUCGAAGACUUCGUUUAGAUAUAUUGGAAAUAAUUAUUAGCAAGUUAGAAGAAUUACACACUAUUAUUUCUAAACUUGACUCAGUUCGUUUCUUUACUUCUUCAUUAUUAAUCCUUUAUGAUGGAAAUGAUCCUUGUCAUUUAAAACCCCAUCAGCGUGAAAGUGAAAGAGAGAAGGAUAACAAAACCCCAGAUAACGCAAGAGUAAAGACAUGGACGGAGACACGGCAAGAUGACAGCACAACCCACCGUGAAAGUUGGCCAUCUAAGGAGGCCACGGCAUCGUCCCUAAGUGCCAAACACCCAGCAUAUAUGAGAGAAACACUGAUGACUGGGGGUGGGAAGGCGCCAAGAGAACAGAUCAGCAGAAAUGAAGGCGAACCUCCAUACAAGGCAAAAGGUCGGCACAGACACAGGGAGUGCAAACCACGCGUCGACAUCCGUCUCAUAGAUUUUGCUCAUGCUACUCACAAGGGUAUGGGUGAUGCGAAAAAGUACCAUGGCCCAGAUGAGGGAAUCAUGUUAGGGUUAGAUAGUCUCAUCAAGAUAUUUCAAGACAUUAGAGAAAAAUUUGAUCAUUGACAUAAAUGUUCAUGGAUCUACUUCUCUUAGGUCUCUCACAGGUGUUCUUGUCUAUGUUAGACAUCAUUACAUCACACUUCAGAUUCAUAACAUCAUGAGUGUAUUGUGUAUGCAAAUGUAGUUAUGACUAUUAUUCCAUGUCAGAAAGAUGUAAAUAGGUUAUCACAGAUUCUGUAUUCCAUUGAAAGAGUAUAGAUUUAGCAGCCAGUGUUUCUUGGCCUGUAAAGUUUAUACUAAGUUUAAUGGUAAAAAAUCUCAUCUUUUGCAAAUGUUUGGCUGUUCCGAGGAGGAAUAGUGCUGUGCCAAAUCAUCAUCUGUCCUUGCAUAUGUGUGUGUCGGGAAGGGAUCAGUUGAUAGGCGACGGAAGUCUUAAAAUUAUUCAGCAGGUUUGUUCUAUCGUCUCAUUUUCAUAUCCUAUAGUAAUGGCUUUAAGAAAGCAAAAUAUUCACUGGUUUAUAGGUUUAGUGAAUGAGUCAUUAUUUAUAUUUUAAUUUGGUUGUGCUUUUUUUUUUUUUUUUUUUUUUUUCUUUUUUUUUUUUUUUUUUUUUUUUUUUACUCAGAUCAUCUCUGGUUUGAAACAGAGGAGCAUCCCUUUUUUUCUUUUUCUUUUUUUUCUUUUUUUUUAUUUCUUUUUUCUUUUUUUUACCUCAGUAUGUUAAGGAAGAAUGUUUUGAAGAUUUAUAAAAUCAAAUGUAUAAAUAUUAA